AUGUACCACGAACCUCCUUCUCACAUAAUAGAUACAUUCUCGCUCCUCAAAUCCAUACCCUCCAUUGGCUCUAAGUCGCCUCGCCUAAUUCUCUACACCAAAGACCCUCUUGCAGAUACAACAGAACUUCAACGCCUCACCAACGCCACAAAAGUCAUUCAACUGCCAAACGUAGGCAGAGAAGGCCAUACCUACCUUCACCACAUAAUCUCCUCAUGGGAUGAUCUAGCUACUCAGACCUUCUUUCUCCAAGCCUCCGUCCACAACCCACGACAGUUCUCUGCCAGAGUUGAAAACUACUACACUUCUGAAACAGGAAUGUUGAGUCUAGGGUUUAGUGGUCAGAGUUGUGAGUGCAAUAGUUGUGGCGACAGAUUUGGAUGGCAAGAUCAUUCUGGUAUUGUGGAAAAGACUUGGAAAGAGGUGUUCAACCAGACAUGCGGGGAGCAGAGGGUGCUCUUGAGUUACAAGGGCCAGUUUGUGGCUAGUGCUGCGAGAUUGAGGGCGAAUGACAAGAAGCUGUAUGAGAGAUUGAUGAUGGCAUUGGAGGAUCCGGACAGCUGGGCGCAUCAGCAAGAUUAUCUGCAGGGACGGCCUGACUCCCUGAACGCGCCAUAUUUUGGCUAUACCCUGGAGCGGAUGUGGUCAAUGAUCCUGCAAUGCUCAGAGGAGCGCAUUGCGGCACUUUGUCCAACACUGAUCAGUGGCACAAGAAGAGGAGGAUCAAAGUCAGAUUGUCAGUGUUUCGAUUUUCGGAAAAUAUCUGAAGCCGCUUUUUGA